UUUCUCGUAUCGCCGAUAUUUAUAUAAUAGGCCAGCGUCAGACACAGAGUAGGGUUUUUGCUCGGAAAUCGGAGUAUUGUUGCUGCUGCUGCCGUCGCCGUCGCCGUCGCCGCCAAUCGGUCACGAUGAUCUACGACGUCAACUCUCCUCUGUUCCGCUCUUUCCUCAGCCAGAAGGGAGGAGGAGACUCCGAUAAAAGAAAAAUUGAGGAACAGAAGCCCAAAGAGCAGAAAUUCAAGGCGAACGAGAACAAGCCGGUCAUGACAGAGUAAUAACUACAUGAAUAUGUAGGGGUUCCAGAUCAUAUUGCAGUCAGAGUUCGAAUUGCUUUAGUAGAACAAGUUUGCAUCUUCCUUGUAUGAUUUUAUUGAACAUUCUGCCAUUGAAGCCUUUGAGCUUGCUUGCAAUGGGCAAGUUUAUUUCUAAGUUCGCAUUGAGUCAGCCUGCCCGGCAAAGAGUAACAAUUCUGAAUCUUUGUUAUUGAAGCCAGAAGGCAUGAUAUAAUGCAGCACCUCUUUCCUUUUCUAUGAUUU